CGUCAUGAGCGGGUGGCAUUAGUGGGGUUGGCCGGCGUUGGGUUAGCUGUCCCCAUAAGAACGCUUUUUGGAUCACAACUAAUCCAACUGCUCGUUAACAGCCAUCGAGUAUUCUUAUCGCGUGCGAGAAUAAACACCGGACACGUGGGUUUUUGGAUCCACGCCAGCAAUGCGGCGCGGUUGGAACAGUGCUACCAGCAGAUUGCCGCAGUCGUGGAGAUUCCGGGACGGGACGAUCCAAAGAUGAACAUCCUCCAGCUCGUGUAUCAGUGGUUGUGUGAUCCACGCAAUGGGCGCUGGCUGAUGGUGUUAGAUAAUGCGGAUGACGAUGGUAUCUUUUUCAGUGGCAAUACAUCCAAUAAACGAGGGCCACUAGUGACCUUCCUACCAUCAAUUCUAAUCACAUCGCGUCUUACGGCACGAAAUCUAGUAGGUAGCGACGGUCAUAUGACCGAGAUUCAGCCAAUAAAUAAGGAAGAGCAAGGUUUCCAGUCCCCCCACUCUAGAGAGUCUGAAGAGGAUAAGAAGGCACUAAAUAUAUUCCGCUGGCAAUCACUUAGGUGGGGUCCUAUAUUGCGAAUCGAGUAUCUCGAGUCACGGUCUCCUAGUACCUUUAGUUAUUCCGUGAUAUCGAGUCGAAUCAGACAUAUCUUCUUUAGUAUAAGGACGCUAAAGACCUCCGGCGAGACCCUACUAUCUUUUAAGCAAAUCCGCCAUAACCGGCUAGCGGCGACGGAAUUACUAGCGUUAAUAAAAGGCCUCGUCCGUAGCGAUAGUGGUAAGCUCGAGUUUAAAGAUACAGUGGCGCUAUUGAUCAGUUAUUCGCUUGUUCGGGUUAAAAUUAAAACAGCGUCAUUUGAUAUACACCGACUAACUAAAUAUCAAAAGCUACUUCCGCAUACCAAAGAGGUGUUAAAGUCGAUAUCUGACGAGCAAAAAGAAGAUCGACUACAUACGGCCACGAUUUCCUCUAAUAGCGGACGGUAUUUACUGAUUCGAAGAAUAUAUAAAGAGGCGGAAUUCAUACAGCGAUCAGCGUUAGAGGUACGAGAGAAGGUGCUUAGACGUAAGCAUCCCUCCACGCUCAUCAGUGUCAGUGACCUUAGCAAUAUGCUCUCUGACGAAGGGAAAUAUGAAGAGGCGGAAGCGAUGCAUCGACGAGACCUGGAAGGUAGUGAGAAAGUGCUUAGACGCGAGCAUCCUGACACGCUUAACAGUGUCAGUAACCUUGGCAGUGUGCUCUCCAUCUAA